AUGCCGUUCUACAGGCGCACUGUGGUGCCCCAGAGUCUGUGUCCGAGCAACCAACCACAACCGUUGGCUGAACUCCGCGACGUGAGCCACCUGGCUGCGCUCAGCCUGCUUCGGCAGCUCGCUGACCUCUGUGGCCACUCGCUGGCUUUGCUUGAGGACCUCGAGGGGCACCUGUUGGCCCUGGUGCACCGCACCGACAGCCUGUGCCAGCGAACAGUGCGCCUCCGCCGCCGCCUUCCCUGCCGCCUGCUUGGUCUGGAGGACAACCGGGAACAGCUAGCUGCAGCUAACUCGAGUCAGGAAAAUGCGACAGCGACUGCCCUCUCGAGGUCGUCAUGGCGACAGCCAGUGAAUGUGUUCCUCUCUUCAGGCAGGCCCCCGAGUGUAGAGGAGCUGCUUCAGGAGGCGCAGCUCAAUCUCCAGAGCCUGUUGCAAGAAGAAUAUGAGGAACAGUACUCAGAGGCCAGACUCCUGGGGCAGACCUUCCGCUCUUCUGAUGAGCCCCCUGAACCCACUCCCAAUCCAAGGCCCCAGCCUGCCAGGCACCUGGAGUUAGUAUUGAUGCCUACAAAACAGCAGCUGAGCGAGGAUGAUACCACCACCCAGGGUGUGAGGGCCCCAGAGACCUCACUGAACCUGUCUACCACAGCUGACAAGCAAACUGCCUGGAAUAGCUCCUUCCCUCUGCCCAUCCUAGAGGAGAGGGGAUGGCUUCAGCCUUGCUCCACACAGUCUGACAUUGUACCCAUCAACAUCUCUGGACAGCAGUUUGAUAAACAUGCAAGUUCGCGACACUCAUUGUUUAACACGGAGACAGCCGUGAACCCCAAGUCUACCCUGAGGCGGAGGCGGACCAUUAUUGGAGUUUCUAACUUUUCCCAGCGAGACCAAGGUCACAGCAACAGCCCAGCAGACAGUGUGACCCACUCUUCAACCUCAGACAUCAGGCCCAGUCAUCCCGUUCCAGAAGGUGUUCACGGAAGAAUUGCAGUUAGUCAGGAAGCUCAGCUCCAAAAUCUCACCUCAUCAGUAUUAAGAAAUCCUUCUAGCAAUCUGGAAGAGACUCACCAGGAAUGUAGUGGUACAAACCCUCCUGGCAUGGAGAGCAUGGGAAUGGUGUACAGUGUCCCUAGUUCUUGCAAUGGAACAACAGAAUCUACAUUCUCCACUUCCUGGAAAGGAGAUGCUUUCGCCUACAUGAUUCCAAGUGCCACUAGCCAGAGCGAUCACGUCUAUGAAAAUGCAAAGAAUCCUUCCUCCAGGAAUUCUUGGGUCUCUCUGAACACCCUCCCACCUCUGGUUGCUAAAGAGGCUGCUGCCCUCUCUGUCACUCGUGAUAACCUAGCAGGAUGCAGUAAAUUAGCUGGCUCCUCUGAGCACCCUACUCAAAGAAGGCAAGUACCAGAAAGAGCUGCCAAGACUGGCCUUCUGGCCAGUGCUACAUCAAGACGGGACAUAGGCCCGCAUGGGGCCAGCAAAUUCCGGGAGCGGUCACUGUCGGUGCCCACAGACUCAGGCAUCCCAGAUGUUGACUGUGAUGAGGGGCAGAAGGCCAGUGAAAUCUGUGCCCUGCCUUAUGCCAGUACUAGUUCUGAGGGAAGUAAUAGUGCUGACAACAUUGCCUCCCUUAGUGCCAGACAGGAGGCUCAGCACAGAAGGCAGAGGUCCAAAAGCAUCUCACUCAAGAAAGCCAAAAAGAAACCUUCUCCACCAAUGCGCAGUGUCUCACUGGUCAAAGAUGAGCCAGUACUCCUGUCAGAAGAUGGACCAGCAUUACUUAAGGACCAGAGACCCAAGAGCCUUUGUCUUUCCUUGGAGCACCAAGGACAUCACUUGUCCCACCCAGAUGCUCAGGGUCACUCACCUGCGCCAACCCUUAAAGAUUCAGAAGGCAUACAAUUCUCCCACCAUUGGUAUCUUACUGACUGGAAAUCUGGUGACACCUACCAAUCCUUGUCCAGCUCCAGCACUGCCACUGGCACCACAGUCAUUGAGUGCACCCAAGUUCAGGGCAGCUCAGAGUCUCUUGCUUCCCCUUCUACUUCCAGAGCUACUACGCCUUCCCAACUUUCUAUUGAGAUGGAGGCCAGGGAGAUAUCCUCUCCAGGAAGGCCCACUGGACUAAUGUCACCCUCUAGCGGAUACUCCAGUCAGUCAGAGACACCAACACCCACUGUCUCCAUGUCCUUGACCCUGGGCCACUUUGCCCCUCCAAGCAGCAGUGUCCGGGUACGUCCAGUGGUACCUGAGAGGAAGUCAUCACUACCUCCGAUAUCACCAAUGGAGAAAAGUUCCAAAUCACGGCUCUCAUUUGACUUACCAUUGACCUCUUCCACCAACCUGGAUCUGUCUUGUAUGAGUAUCUCCUUCCAAAGCAAAACCAAGGUGAGCCGUCAUCACUCAGAUACAAAUUUUGGGGCCAAGCUGGCCCAGAAAACUAGUCCCAACCAGCCAAUCAUGCCUAUAGUUACUCAAUCUGACCUACGUUCUGUUCGCCUGAGGUCAGUCAGCAAGUCUGAGCCAGAAGGUGACACUGAGAGCCCCGAUUUUGCUGAAGAGCCUGGAACAGAAGUCUUUACCUUGCCAGAGAGAAAGAUGAAACCUCCGGUAGCUGAGAAGCCUCCACUGGCCCGAAAGCCUCCAAGCUUGGUCCAUAGGCCACCAUCAGUCCCUAAGGGAUACCUACUAACUUCACCUACACUAGCUAUGACCACUAAGAGCUCAAUUCAACACAUGAGGCCACUCCCACCAGACAUCUACACCGUGGCACAGGAACCAAAGUCCUCCAGCUUCUCUGAUGGCAAGAGCCCAGAGGAAUCAGCAGUACCCUUACCACUUGUUUUCACACCUUUUGCCAAUUCCUCUGGUGCUUUCUUCUCAGGAACACAACUGCCUCCCCAGAGAAAUAUGGCGGAUGAGAGUUCCAAGAUAAAAGCCCUGCCUGAAAGAAUUAGCCUCCAGAGCCAGGAAGAAGCUGAGAAAAAGAAAGGCAAGAUUCCACCUCCUGUACCAAAAAAGCCCAGCGUGCUGUACCUGCCUCUCACGUCAUCCACAGCUCAAAUGGAGGUCUAUAUGGCAGAACCAAGGCUACCUCUCAGUCCCAUCAUCACCUUAGAGGAAGAUGCCAAGUGUACUCCCACCGAUGAUGACCUACAAUCACCUGGCAAAAAGAUGACUUCAAUUCCACAGGCUGAUAAUGAAAAGGAGGCAAGACUUCUAGGGAGUUCUAUGGAACCGAGCACCGAAGAAAAAGGUUUAAUCAGUGAUAAAACAGCCGAAUCGAUUGCAGAAGAUGAUGAUGAUGUACCUGUGGCUUCACGUACAACUGAAGAUUUAUUUACUGUGAUACACAGGUCCAAAAGAAAGCUGCUUGGCUGGAAGGAACCUGGUGAGGCAUUUGCUGGCAGCAGACCGAGCUCCCACUUGCCAAUAAAGAACACAGCUGAUUCUUCAAUCAGUGAGUCUGCUGCUUGUGCAGGGUCAGGCAGCAGUGCUAACCUAGAUGCUGGCAGAAAUGAUGAUUUCAAGGCCCUGCUACAGAAGAAAGGAAGUAAGGUAACUCCAAGGUCCCGCCCCUCAGCAGCUGAACUGCUAAAGACCACCAACCCACUGGCUCGGAGAAUUAUCGCACAAUUUUCAAAAGACUAUGAAACCACGGAUAACUCCAGUACCUAA